CAGCCGGAGACCCGCAGCCAGAGCCAGCGCCGCCCAACGGCUGUGGCGCGCGCCGGCUUUUACCGCCGUCGGGUCGUAGAGCCGGGAACAGAGCAGCCCCCGACCAUAGAGCGGAGCCGAGUGCCAGAGCGGCCGACUCGGCGGGAGGCUAGAGCGGCCCUGCAGAGAGCGUUGGCGUGCUGGUUUCCAGGCAACAGGAGUAAACAGUCAGUGCGCAGCGCCCGCGGCCGCCCUGCGCGGCUGGAGGCCCAGGCACCGAAUGGCUCAGCUGCAACUGGCUGUGUGUCCACCUGUGGAUUCUAUGGUGGCAGGUCCCAGUCUUUCAUUGACAGGGCAGAAGAGAUACCAUCCAAAGGCCCUUGGGCACCAGUCCCGGCUAGAACACCUGAAGAACAACUUCCAGCAGCAGCUCCUACAUGACAAGGAAGAAAAACUGAAGGAUCUUUGCAUCUGCAAAAUCCAGAGUUAUUCCUGCUCUCUCUUUUCUGGGAGCAACCAGCAAGACUCUGGACAGGGAGGCUUCUACUCUGCUGGACUCCACAGCAGGUAUCUCACCAGCCAGACCAGUACUUUGCCCUCCAAGUGGGCAGCCAGACGGAGAGAAGGGGUGGACCGGUCCUACCCUCUGAAACCAGUCUUUCACCACAAAGCUGAGAGUGUUCCAGUAGUCAGCACAGGUCCACUCAGGAGCUCGCCACCCAUGGCUGAAUCUCCCAGUAAUAGAUCUAGCUCAAAGAAGAGAGGGAAGUUACCAGCAGCCAGGGCCCAGCCAGCUGUAUUCCCAUCUCCUUUGGCAGCAGAGCAGCCUAAGCAGUCAGCCACCUACCCAAGCAGGGAAGAGUUGGGUUACAUCCAAAGGCUGGAAGCAGCUGGGCAGAGCCUGGAGAAAGAGAUCCAAAGGAAAGAGGCCCUCCUCAGGGAGAAGCUGAGGAGAACAGAGGAGGAGCUCAGGAGGAUCCAGAGACAGAAGCAGCAGGUGGAGGUGGAAGAGAGAAAGGAGAGAGAGGGUCUGAGGAUGCAAGAGAGGAAAGCAGCAGGGCUUUCUGGAGGGAACAUUUUCAGGGCUACAGCCAGACCCAGUGAGGGGGACUGUGAUUGGGAGCAGUCUCCAGAGGGUGCCAUGCCCAUGCCAAACAAUACCCACCGUCCCCAUGUGCUGGGCAUAGAGAGACUCAAGAAGGGGCGGCUGGUGGCCAGCAAUAGCAAAAUUCAAGAGCACAUGUCUUUGGAGAGCAUGGCCUCCUGUUCAAAGUUGGUCAUGAAACAAAGCCAGGAUCCACCUGCAGCAGCCCCCUCAGAACAAGACCCUACAGCAGAACUGUUGCAUUCACAGGCUCCCAUUGGCGGGGAGCAGGGAGAGCUAGGAGAGUGUGGCUUCUGUGGGCGUAGGUUUCUCCACCUCCGGCUGGAGAAGCACAUGUAUGUUUGCAGCAAAAGCCAAGGCUCCAAGAGGAAAGUAUUUGACUCAAGCAUGGCCAGGGCCAGGGGAACUGAGCUGGAGCAAUAUCAGCACUGGAAGGGCAAAAACACCACCCAGAAUGAGCCACCCAAGAACAAUUGGAGACAAAAGCAUGAGUCUUUCAUCCGGACCCUCCGCCAGGCCCGUGAGAUGCAGCAUGUGAUCUCUAAAGGGGGGAAGGUCUCAGACCUGCCCCCACUGCCCCCUGUAGAGAACCCAGACUAUAUCUCCUGCCCCCACUGCAACCGCCGCUUUGCGCCCAAGGUGGCUGAGAGACAUAUUCCCAAAUGCAAGACCAUCAAGAACCGACCCCCACCACCACUACAAAGGAGACGUUAAGGAUGAAAUACUGCAAUGAAUCCCAGCUCCCUCUCCCAAACUGGCUUCCAUCUAGAUGAAGCUUUGUUUUCUUCCCAUCCCCCAAGCGGGCUGCUAACUUUUAAGAUCUCCCCAUGUAACAAGAGUAAGGAGCUCAGGCCCCAUGAACAAAAUACUAAAGCGCUUGUACUUUGAGCUGCAGCUAGUGGUUCCUGAGUGUGUGCAGAUAGGUCCAUGACAGUUUAGGCCACUACCCUACUGCUGCUGGUUCCCAUUCCUUCCCCUUCUACAGCUCUUCACAAGGAGUUCCAGUUCUCCUGAUUGAAGAGAUUCCAGGGUCUUGCUGUUAGAGGGAGGAGAUUACCAUUAUGUCCCUUGUGUAGGGAAUGGGGUUGUCAGUGGGACAGCAGCAAGGGAAGAACCACCAUGUAUAGGCUGGUCCUCAGAAUCAUGGUUAGCGGCAGGUGGAAGGUUGAGGGUUCUUUCCUCUGACAAAGUAGUACACAGUGUGGGGCAGAGGUCAUCCAGAUCUCACGGAUGGAAAGAAGCCCUUUAGUUGGGCACCAACAAUGCUCAGCCUUGAACCAGCCACACACAAAUAUCCCUUCUCUGCUGAGAUCAAACUGAUAUUUGUAUAAACAAUGAGGAGUCCUUGUGGCACCUUAAAGCCUAACCAAUUUACUUGGGCAGAAGCUUUUGUGGGCUAAAACCCACUUCAUCCAAUACAUGGAGUGAAAAAAACGGUAAGCAGCAUUCAUGUGCUAUGAAUGCUGCUUACUGUUUUUUUCACUCCAUGCAUCGGAUGAAGUGGGUUUUAGCCUACAAAAGCUUCUGCCCAAAUAAACUGGUUAGGCUCUAAGGCAGAGGUGGGCAAACUACAGCCCACAGGCCACAUCUGGCCCAUGGAAUCCUCCUGCCCAGCCCCUGAGCUCCUGGCCCAGGAGGCUAACCCCCCUGCUGCCCCCCACCUCAGCUGACUGCGCCGCCAGCACAACGCUCUGGGCAGCAGAGCUGUGAGCUCCUGGGGGCGCAGCUGCAGAGCCUGGCCUGACCCAGUGCUCUGCGGCAUGGCUGCCUGUCCUGGUGCAGCCGCGCCGCCAGUGCUCCAGGCGGCGCGGUAAGGGGGCAAGGAGCAGGGGGGGUUGGAUAAAGGGCAGGGGAGUUCGGGGUGGUGGAUAGAGGUUGGGAGUGUGGAUAGGGGUCAGGGUGGUCAGAGGGCAGGGAACAGGGGGGUUGAAUGGGGGCAGGGGUCCUGGGGGGGCAAUCAGGAAGGAGAGGAGAGGUUGGAUGGGGCAGUCAGGGGACAGGGAGCAGGAGCCGUGGGUGGGGUACAGGUCCCAGGGGGGCAGUCAGGAAUGAGAGGAGGGGUUGGAGGGGGUGGCAGGAAGCAGUCAGGGGUGGAGGAUCUGGGGGUGGUCAGGUAGGGGUGGUUGGAUGGGGUAGGGGUCCCGGGGGGGAUGGGGCAGCUAGGGUGGGGGGGGUCCAGGGGCGAUUGGGACAGAGAGCGGUGGGUUGGAUGGGGCAGGAGUCCUGAGGGCAAGAAGCAGUGGGGUUUGGAUAGAGGGCGGGGGCCAGGCCAUGCCUGGCUGUUUGGGGAGGCACAGCCUCCCCUAACCAGCCCUCCAUACAAUUUUGGAAACUGGAUGCAUCCCUCAGACCAAAAAGUUUGCCCGCCCCUGCUCUAAGGUGCCACAAGGACUCCUCCUUGCUUUCGCGGAUACAAACUAACAUGGCUACCACGCCGAAACUUGAUAUUUGUAUGUUAACACCGUGACUGUGCUGAAGAAAGCACUUGCCUGCAAAACAGCUGGGGAGUGGGCUGGAAUUCUACUGCUGUUUAGCUGCAGAUGCUGGCACACAAAAGCCCACAAAGAUCAACUCUGCCAAGCUUGUGUGGCUGUCUCUGGGAAGAGCGGGUGGGAGGGAGUUCUCGGUUCCUGCAGUAGAGAGGCCUUGUGUGAGAUGAUACAGUAGUUUGGUUAAGUCAGGGAAGGUAGUUUCCUUGCAGAGAGACGGGGAAAAUAAAUGACAUUAGCAGGUUAGAACAACGUACAAAUUACAGCUUUCCUUCCCUCUGUUUCUAACAGUCCCUGGAGGCAGAAUCCAGAACUGCUUCCCUCUCUCAGCUGCUUUUUGUGUUCAGUCCUGUUUAUUUUCUGCAUUGUUUUUGAGCUGAACAAUGAAAACGGAGCAGGCAGGCUCAUUCCAUGCUUCUCCUGCAAUAGUACACAGGAGGAUUUAUUUAACUCAUUUCCACUGGAAUUCAGGAAAAUCCUGGGACUGUUUCUGUUGGACUUUGGAUCAGUAACAGUUUGCUUUUAAACAUCCAAAACCCUUAAUUUGGGGCCAUGUUUGACAUACCAUCUCUUUAAUCGGAAGAGCAGAUUUGGGAGGGGGACCCAUAAAAUGCAGCUUCAGCAUAAGAAUUCCUUGGGGCAGAAAGCUUACAGAUGGGGCCUCAUAGUAGCAGGGGAGCUAUGCACCACCAGCCACUUACUGAGUAUUUGGAGAGGCAUCUUUCAGCCCAAGUGUGCUUGUUCCAGUGUCAACUGUGGAAUGGUAAAGACUCCUAGAGCUGGGACAGUGCCUUUAGGCAACAGGGUGACUGUUACAAAGGGAUUACUUACCAGGUACACGAACUUGGACUCUGAUGCAAGGUUCUUUCCAGCCUCAGUUUUCCAUGGAGAGCAUCCAGGCUGGCAGAUGUCUAUAGGCCCCAUGUAAGUAGCAGGUUGUACAGUACUAAUGAAGCCCUAGCAGGUGGGUCCCAAACAGUGUAGGGUUACCAAUGGAAGAACAUGUAAUUCAUGAGAGGAGAAAAUGAACAAAAAAGCCCAGUAACUUUUUCUUCAAGGCACAUGGUGAUCCUGCCCCAACUCAGCACAGCCUGGGGAAAAUACACAGGGACCAGACUGAACGAGGUUUAGUCAGAGGCUGGAUAUUUGGAAACAGUCCUUGACUGGGAGGUGUGGAAUAGUUUCCCAAGGAAGCAGGAGACCUCCUGUCCCCAAGAUAAGUGGGCAAAUCUCCCUCCCUUGAGACACUAUGGUAGUGCUCAAAAGCCCCAAUUAGGGUUAAAGCUGCAUGGUGCUGGGCACUGUGCAAGCACUGAAGUGCUUACAGCCUAGGAAGAAAUAUUAAAAUCCAGAGACAGGGUCUGCAAUGGGUUCAACAUACAUGCAGAGUGAUCAUGGGAGGCUGGGCACAUGGCUUAGUAACUCCAUUUCUGGUUUUAUUAUUAUGGGAUAGCAGUGAGGUCACAGGAAGGCUGGAGAGGAGUAAAAAGCAAGAAAAUGGGGAAGGGAGGAGAGUGGAAAUUCAUCUGAACUGAUAGAUAAAUUAAUUUUUAAAAUGAACUAAACAUGAAACUAGUUUAAGAAAAUCAGUAUAGUAACCCCUGUGAUGUGUUUAUAUUAAAUCCAAUUUUAUAUGACCCUCACCCUGUUCCCAGUGUGCCAAAGGCUGAUGGUGUCAACAAUGCUGGUCUGAAUCACAGAAGUCAGCAGGGGAAGUUGGUAGGGAUAAUGGGGCUCUUGGGAAGUUGUGGGAGGCAGUUUGGGAUUGUGGGAUAAACACAUUCAUGGCAAGUUUCUUAAAAAAGAUGAGCAGAUUAAAUAGCUAAUGGUGACAUUGAAGUUGUAGACCAAAUUGCUGGGGUUUCAUCACCGAAGUCAAUGGAAUUAUGCCAGGAGAUAAUUGGCUUGCCAUCUUUAUGUUUCAGAGUCAACAAUGGGCAGUUCACUGCUCUUGUUGAGCUAUUGUUUCAGUUAGUCUGCUGACUCAGGCAGGCAUACAGAUACCAGUGAAUACAGGAGGCCCUGAUUAAAACCUCAGAGUUUUUAUGUUCUGUUUUUACAGCACCCAGCACAAUGGGACCCUGAUCCAUGACUAAUGCUCUUAGGUGCUGAGGUAAUGCAAAUAAAUAAUCAGAACUGGCAGCAGUGCCACUUAUUACAACUACUGAAUAGGUAACUGUGGGAGACUUAACACUCUAGUAAAAGCUCUUCUAAGAGAACCAGGAUUUUGUUCCUUUGGACCCCAUCUCUUCCUGCUGCUCAUACCCCACAUGGUACCAUUGGAGCUGUGGUAAAAAUGGCAUCAUCAGGAAGAGAAGCAGCAUCAAGAGACCAGAUGUCUCAUGGAACACAGAGCCUCUUUUCAUGUAGAUGUCCCUAGUAAAGCAAAACUUGCCACUUUUUCACAGCAAUGAAUCUUCCCCUAAGCUGACUGCGUGCACACUUUCCCCACACCUCUUGGUGGAAUGAGAACACAGGAGACCCUGCUCCGAGCCGAGAUUCUGCCUGCAGGGGAGGUGGGAAUAUGCACAGAGUCAGGACACACCGGAAAAUUAGUUUAAACAUUUAUUUAAACAAACUACAAACCACUCCACUCUUUAAUCUUUCAAAGAAAGAUAAUGACAAACUAGUUAUUCUGCCAGUGUCAGAGCAGGCAUAAGUCGUGUUCCACUAUAACAACUUAAGAGCAAAACUAGCAGGAGACUGACAUAUGGAGCUAGCAAUGCAAAAAGGGAGAAGUCAAAAGGGUUUUGAAACUGUUCAAAGGCACUUCUACCCACUUGCCCUUCACUUUCCAGCCCAAAACUGGGUUUAAACUGCUUUUUUGGUUGCACAGCUAGCUGGUAUGAAAAUCAGUGGUCUCUAAUAGCCACAAAUUGGAUAGCGUGAAUCGUCUAAGGCACAUAUGAGGUUAUGGAGCACAGGACACCCUCUGCCAGGGAUCUGAAUCCGCUACUAGAUCCAAAGGGAAUCCAGUCUUCCUAACUAUAGAGCAUUGAGAAAGGAGAUAGCAGUGCACUGCAGGAGAGUGACUCCCAUCAGCUUAGUGCUCACUUAUUGGACAUGGCUUAGGCUUAGCACUUCACUCCUUCUCAAAGCUACUGCUGCAACACAACAGACUCCAUCUCUGCAGCAACAGAAUUCUUAUGCUGGGACUCCUAACCUGAGAACUGGCUCCAAUACAUAUGGGAGAAGAGAAGGCAGUGUCACCAAUGGUAACCAAGCAACACUUGAACUUCUGGCAUUCAAGAUCCUACAUUGGGGCUCGCUCUCUCUCUCCUUCCCACUCUACAACGAUAAAGACAGCCAGAUUGAGGUCUAACUCUGCCCAGGCUGCUGCUCAGAACAGACUGCAUUUGAUUCAGCUCUAGUAUAUUACAGUGAUAGGCACUAGAGAAGAAUCUAAAAGAGCACUGAUUCCAAGCAGGAUGCUUUGGCAUCUGUCCUCAGGCAGAGAAUUUCAUCAAGAAAGACGUUAGCACCCUUAAACAGUCCCCACAAGGGAAAAAACGUCUAAGACAGGUGAAACAGCUCUCAUUGAAAGAUUCAAGGCAACACUAGAGACACACCAGUGAUGGAGACAGUUUUAGGGAUAAUGAAAUCACAGCCCCACCCCAUUGCACGGGAGGAGAGGACUCUGCUUCCUAGAAGCCCCACCCUGGGAAGGGUGAGGGACUAGCUUCCCCUAGAGGCCCUUCCCAACCCAAAAAUCCACCCCAAGCCAAUUUGCUAAACAAACAAUUUAGAAAACUCUCUCAUUCCCUACUAGGAUAUGGGAAAGUCUCAAAUGUCAGGUCACUUCAAGUUCCUUGGAAGAGAGAACCUUGUGCAGCUAGAGAAGGGGUGAGCUUUAGACUGAGGCCUAACCAUCUACUGCCCUUGGGAAAGAUGAAUCCUGUGUCCACUGCAGUAGAGAUCCAUGCUGAGAGGGCAGCUGUGCUCCCACUUUGUCAAAACAAUGGAGGGG